CCUCGCCCCACCCGCCGGCCCAAACGCGCACUACCUGUAGCUGUUCAUUGGCCAAAGCAGCCGACUGCGGAUUGUGAAAUUUGCCCAGCCGUGAAGAGGGACGUUGACUUAUUUCUGAAUGGAACCGUGGAUGAAUAUGUUGAAGAAGUGGCAAAAUACAAUUCAGAACCAGCUGUAUUGGCAAAUGCCAGAAAUCUGAAGAAUUGCAUUGAUACAAAACUGACAGAAGAGGAUAAGGAGCAUGUUUUCAGUGUCCUGGAAAAAAUAUACCAACAUCCUCUGUGUUAAUGGAGCCAUCACUGCCAGGAGCCCUAAGGAAGUCACUGAACUGAUCACUAAGUAGUCUCAGCAGUCUGCCAUGUCCAGGUGUCUAAGGAGAGGAUUCCAGCAAUAAAAGCCUUGCAAUUCA